AUCCAGAUGUUUUACCUUAAUGCUUGAUUAAAGCGUUUACAUUUUGGUGAAGUGCUUGAACAUUAGCGAUAUUCUGCUGAGAACAAUCGGAAACCUUUCGAAAUAUCGGUAUAUAUUUAAGUAAUUAAUUUAAUUCAAAGUAAGGGAAACAUCGUAAUUUAAUAUACGCAAUUUUAUUGCAUUUAUCAUCGCAAUGCAACUGUUCCGAAUACCCUAAAGUGCUAUUAAUUUAAUGCUUUAACUGGAUGUAAAUGGACCGUUAAAGCUCCGCUCUGCUCGCCGAUGCCUGCGUUUAUCCAAAACCAAAAACCAGCCGCAGAGCAACGAACCCGCGACCGCCGAAACAUUUCAAAGACAAUCCACCAACAGCGGCAACACCGUCAACAGUCGGCCACACCACCAUCCAUUCACCAUUACCAUCACCAUCACCAACACCGUCGCCAACAGGACGAGGACCAGGACAAUGGAUCAACUCAAACUCAGACCUUGUAACUGCCUGACCGCACAUUCACUGACAGAGUGGGUGUGGGUGGCUGGUGAGUGGGUGUGCACCCUUCGACUUGCCAGUUUUCGAAAAGGGUUGUCCGAAAAGGGUUGCCCCCGCACCCCGAUGCCUAUUGAGGAGGACUCGUGGAGCAAACGGUUUCGGCAUUUCCUUUUUGUUUCCGCCUGCAUCCUUUGGCCAAGACACGGACACCUUCCCCAUCCCCCCACGCUGCCACAAUGGAAAAUACAAUUUUCACAAUCUUUGCUUAUCUUUUCUCUCUGCGGCUGCCUCGUUUGCGGCACGAUUCGUUGUUGCUGCUGUUGGCCAUCCAGAAAAUCGGUAAAAAGCCAAGAUCCAGGGGGCGUGGCUGAUACGAAAGCGGAGGAGCAGAAGAAUGUGUUGGCCGUGUAUCCUUUGUUUGUCGGCAGUGCCGGUAAUGCCGAGUUGGAACAGUAAGCUCUAAGAAUCGGUUAUGGGCGAGGUUCGCUUGAAAUAUAUCAACUAUUUCCCAUCUGGCAAGUUAAUAUUUAGUACUUCAAAAAUGGAGAAACUAAACUUUAUACUUUUACACGAUUUGAUCUUAUAGAGUCUUUUUAUGGUAGCCUUAAAGUUGAGUCCUUAAUAUUUAUUGAAAAUGG